UUCACACAUCAUAGGUUCGUGGGACGAUAUCAGCCGAACCGAAACAGAACAGGUGUUUAGGGGCAGGUUGGAGAGGUAGGUAGGCUGUCAGCUUAUGCAAGAGGCGAGGUAGUAAACACCGCCCAUCAGGUGCGUACAAGGGUGACUCACAUCCACGGAAUCACCACGGAAGACAAGAUUCACAAAAAAAAGGCUCUUUUUUACUCCGACAGUCUGCGGCGACAUUUGCGUUCAUGAACCCGUUUAAUAAAUGUACAUGAAGGGACUUUUACAGAGGAAUUAACCGGCCGCAGUUAAGGAAGUAUCAAUGUUUUAUCCUAUGUAUCGGAUAUGGCCUCUGCUUCUCCUGGGAGGAUUCGUGGUGCCAGGGGUGCGACGUGUCAGUGGAAUAGAGAUUUACACCCCGAAAGAAGUUGAAGCGGUCAACGGGACAGACGUGAAACUGAAGUGUACUUUCACUUCCACUGACCCAGUGUCGACUCAGUCCGUCACUGUGUCCUGGAACUUCCGACCCAUAAAUUCAGGAGCGGAUGAGUCGGUGUUUUAUUACCAGGACAAAUCAUACCCUCCCAUGCAGGGGCGUUUUAAAGACCACGCGGUGUGGUCGGGAGAUAUUAUGAGACGGGACGUUUCCAUCACCCUGCUCAAUGUGCCUCCGACCUUUAAUGGCACCUACCUCUGCCAGGUGCGCAACCCUCCAGAUGUGCACGGCGGCAACGGAGAGAUCUUCCUCAGAGUCGUCAACAAAGGCCUUUCCACAUGGAGAUCAGAGGUCAGGGUCUUCCCUGGAACAGUUUCCCUCUCUGAGAUCAGCAUCCUGGCAGCGGCAGUUGGAGGCAGCUGUGCUGUAAUCCUGAUCCUCCUCGGUAUCUUCGUGGCGGUGAAGUUCUACAGGAAAAAGCACAAGGAACCCAACACUGAGCUGCAACUGCGGGAAAAUGUGUGGAAGGACCCGACUGUGUUGUGAGGGCCAGAGAGCCGAAGCUCCUCUUCUUCUCGUGUGGAGUCUGAUUGGCUGUUUGUGUCCACUCUGCUGAAAAAUAGAAAUUUGAGGGUAGGCAGGCAUCUUGUUCUAUUUUUGCUUCUCCAAUGUGACCCUCAAAGAUAUUAUUGUAGUUUGUUUCCCUCAGCAUUAGAGAUUUAAUGUACCACCCCUCCCAUUUGUUGUACUUUAUACCCUUUUAUUUGUUUUUUACCAAAAGUUCCCAGUUAUUGUAAUUACUAAGGUCAUUUUAUUGAGAGUUUUUUAACUGUAGAGUAGGAGAUAGUAGAAGGCCCUCUGAUGGUAGUACGAAGCGCCUUUUCUAACUACAUGCUGUACUUGGAGCCUGUUCAUUGAUCUCAAUUCACAGCUGUAGUGCUGACAGCACCAAAUUUGUUCGUUUAUGUAAUCAUGGAAUUUCUUUUAAAUAUAUUAGUUAUUUAAUGAUGUGUUUUAUGGAAUUAUGCUAUAACCGAUUUUGAAUUUGCGAAUACCGGGGAAGAAUUUUAGAACCAGAGAACCAUGAACUGAUUUUAGUGGAGAAAUGUUCAUGAAUUUAUGUUUUGGUCAUCUUUGUCCACGGAAGGAAGCAGUACUUCAAUCCUCUGUGGUUGCUCCAGCGGUGGAGCCAUGGUAUUGAAGUCCCGCUCAUUAAACCAUCCUGACUAAUUUAAUCACAGCUGUCAAUCAUGACAUUUCAUCCCAUUUUUAUAGCAUUAAAUAACUAAUAUAAACCAAACUUAUCUGAAAAAUGAACACUUGAACAAAUUGUGUGAUAAGAACUAUCUAAAAUGAAAGAAGCCAUAUUUGGCUUGACGUGCACUUUGAUUUUUUUAGUUUGGCCCAUGUACCAUUUGCUGACAUAGAGGGGGCGGGAUAUAUGACCUAUACUGCGAUGAUAUUGGUGUUGAUGAUUAACACUCGAUUGAUUAGAAUCAUCUUUCCUGUUAGAACAUCAGCCUUUUUCUUUUCAUUAACAUGAUUUAAACAGAAGACGUGUUUUUAUUAUACUUUUCAGAAUUCAGUGAAAUUAUGGUCACUGAAUUACAGCAUACAUUAAAGUUCAUGUUAAGAGUACUCCACUGAUUUAGCAUUGCACUCCUAUAAUAUUGUCAGACUCCCGAUGGACAGUUUUUAAAAAAGCAUCAAAAUCGAUGCAUACAUUCUUCACUGUCACAACCUGCUUCUUACAUUAUUACCCACAAUGCAACUUGACUGCAGAUUUGGGUGUGUUGCUACUAGAGGCUAAUGUAGCCUCAAGCUUCUGGCCUCAGGCAGUGUCGAGAAGCGUGCUACAGAGGUCUGGGAAACUCUCUUUUUUCUAACUCCAUAAUCACAGAUUCUUUUCAUUUUCAAACUUGUAGUCUUCAGCCCCAACCAAUGCUGACUCAAGUGACAUCAUGUGAGGCAAUUGAUCAGACUGCGCAGCUCCUCUGGAGCCACAUAAAGUUUUAUAUAACGUUUUUUACAUAAAUUACUCCCCAACACCUGUAAACUCUGAUGUGUAAAUCGGGGGAUUUCCCCUUUCAUUUCUAUGUGUUUUAUAGAUGUAAGUUUGUUUUAUGUGACUGCUGUAACUUUGCUUCUUUGUGCUAAUUUGACUGGAUUUCCAUACAGCUGCUGCUGAAAACCUACUGCCUUCAAUCAAUGUUGUGAAAACUCGUGAAUUUUCAAUGUCGAAUAAAUGUCGACUAUAGAUUUCAAAGAGAAGAGCCAGCUUUGCUGAAAGCACCCCAUACCAGUGCAGACAGUGCUUUUUCAACAUUGGUGUUGCCACCAGAUGUUUCUCCUGUUCAAUUUCCAAAAGCAUCAGCCGACACAGACAAUUUUUGCUGCCAGAAAGUCCGCCAUGACAUUUAUGAGUGAUAAACAAAGCCAGACGUUUACUACAUUGGCAACAUUGUACAAGUGAUUUUGUAUUAAGAAUCUGUACAUAUUGUAAAAUAAGCAAAACUUUACGUUUUUUUUAAAACAUUGUCAUAUCUUUAUUAAGCAACUCUGAAAUAAAGAACUGUUUUUGAAAUUA